AUGGCCGACGAACAGACCAUCGUGCCGGCCCCAGUGCCUCAAGCAAGUGAACCAGGCAGAGAACCAUUCUCUACGCUCGAGCUCUCAGAACCAACUCAAAAAGCCCUCGCUGAGAUGGGAUUCACAACUAUGACUCCGGUUCAGGCCAAGUCAAUACCUCCAUUACUCGCUGGAAAGGAUGUACUUGGUGCGGCACGGACGGGCUCCGGCAAAACUUUGGCAUUUUUGAUCCCUGCGGUUGAGCUUUUGCACCGACUAAAGUUCAAGCCAAGAAAUGGAACGGGUAUUAUCAUUGUUUCUCCUACACGAGAGUUGGCGCUACAGAUCUUCGGUGUGGCGAAGGAACUUAUGGCCCACCAUUCCCAAACGUUCGGUAUUGUUAUUGGAGGUGCGAAUAGGAGAGCUGAGGCGGAUAAGCUGGUAAAGGGUGUGAAUCUGAUUGUCGCCACACCCGGUCGGUUGUUGGAUCAUCUUCAGGAUACGAAAGGCUUCGUGUUCCGGAAUCUUAAAGCGCUGGUCAUCGAUGAGGCGGACCGGAUAUUGGAGGUUGGUUUCGAGGAAGAAAUGAAAAGGAUCAUCUCUAUUCUUCCAAAUGAGAACCGACAAUCCAUGCUCUUCUCUGCCACCCAGACAACAAAAGUUCAAGACCUCGCACGUAUAUCACUGCGCCCCGGUCCCCUCUACAUCGACGUCCACGGAUCCGAAGAGACGAGCACCGUCGCAACACUUUCACAAGGAUAUGUCGUCUGCCCCUCCGAUCGUCGCUUCCUCCUCCUGUUCACCUUCCUCAAGAAAAACCUCAAAAAGAAGAUCGUCGUCUUCUUCUCGAGUUGUAAUUCUGUAAAAUAUCACGCCGAGCUCCUGAACUACAUCGACGUACCCGUCUUGGAUCUCCACGGCAAACAAAAACAACAGAAACGCACAAACACCUUCUUCGAGUUCUGUAACGCAGAGACUGGCAUCCUCCUCUGUACAGACGUCGCUGCGCGUGGUCUCGAUAUUCCCCGCGUAGACUGGAUCGUCCAAUUCGACCCUCCAGAUGACCCGAGAGAUUACAUCCAUCGGGUCGGACGGACGGCUAGGGCCGGGAAGGUCGGGAAGAGUCUGUUGUUCCUGCUGGAGAGCGAGCUUGGGUUCUUGAGGUUCUUGAAGGAGGCGAAGGUGCCUUUGAACGAGUUUACAUUCCCGCAGAAUAAGAUCGCGAAUGUUCAGUCGCAGCUUGAAAAGCUGCUCCAGAAAAAUUACUUCCUUCAUCAGUCGGCCAAGGAUGGAUACCGGUCAUACCUCCAGUCAUAUGCGUCCUACUCCUUGAAGAAGAUCUUCGAUGUCAACUCGCUCGACCUUACAAAAGUUGGCAAGGCAUUCGGUUUCUCCGUUCCACCACGCGUGAACGUGAACAUCGGUGGUGGCAAAGGUGGCACAGGACGGAGUGGCGUGAAGCGGAGAAGAGAGGACGAUGGGGAGGUGGAUGGUGAGGACGAGGGAGCACAGAACAGGUCGAGGCGGAAGGGCAAGGAUAGGAGGAUCGAGACAUUGGGGAAGAAGAAGGUGGACAAGGAGGUUUAUAAGAAAACUAUCAGUAGGAGUGGACCGCAGGGACAGUGGAGUAGAUGA